AUGCUUAUUUUUUUAAGUUCUGCAGAUAUAGCUUUCCAUUUCUAAAGCUAGUAUUUUUAAUAUAUUGUGAAGAGUUAAUCUAAUGUAGAAAUAAUACUACAUAGAUAUAAAUUCGGAUUAUUCCAUAUCUAAUCUAAAAAUAUCCAUAAGCUAACCAAUUUGAUUGGAAAACAUUCAAUUUUGCUAAUUCUGAAAAUAGAAAACCUUGGAAGUGUAUAUUUCAUUUUCUCAAAUAACUAAAUUCUUAUACUUUUUGCGGUAAAUAAUUAUUGCUUGACAUAUAUUAUUUGA